UCAUGUUUCUAGGAAAAAUCCCCUUGGGUAUUUUCCCGAAAUUUCAAGUUUAAAUCGACGAUUUGGAUAAGUUAUGUUUUCACUAUCAAAAUGAGUCGUUCUUAUACUGUAAAAGGGUCUUAUGGCCGGCAAGCGAACGUUGGUAGACCAAGACAACAAAACGAAAUGCGGAAUGAAGCYAGUGGAACGCAAGAUCUUGAUCCAGAAAGUGCAUCUUGUAAACCACCACRGAAUGAGAGAUACCAGAGGAGAGAAGCUUACACGAUGUUUGCUCCAAAUGAGGACAAAAGAAAGAAACUAUUAGAAGUGAAGCAACGCGAGGAAGAAAUUUCAAGACAAAGAAAAGAAAUGAAAGGAAAGACUCCUGUUAGAAUGACACCAAAAAGAGUUGGAGGUCAGGAGAUGUCUUGCAAUUUAGUUCGCCACCAACAACAGAAGGAAACAAACCUGUCACCAACAUUAAAAGCAAUUGAAAUGAGGGAAAAAAGGGAAAAGUGGAGGCAAGAAAAAAGGAAGAAAGAAGAACAGGAAAUCCAAGAAAGAAAAGCUGCAGCAAGACAACAAGCAGAAAGAAAUGAGAAAAAAGCUGCUUAUCAAUCAGAAACAGUAAGAAGCCAUUGGGAUAACAAGUAUCCACAACAAUCAUAUAGUUCUGCAGAAGCUCAAGAAUCCAGCAGUUAUUAUUAUUCAGAUUACAAUGCAGCCAAUAACUAUAAUGAUGAAAAUGAUGACUUGGAAGAAUUGUGCAGGAUGUAUCCAGAAUAUGAUCCAACAUCUUUGAGGGAGAUUCUCUUAGCACAAGGGUCCAUUGAAGGAGUGAAACAGCUGUUAGGGUAUUAAUCAAUAGAACAUUUGUGAUGCUAUAUCCGAGGAUAAGUUUUUAGGAAAAAGAAAUUUGAUUUUAACUGUUAAAAACGUUGCAAUCAAGUUUCACUGCAAUAGUCUAUCUUCACAGUUCCCUGUUAAAGUUUGCAGUGUAUCACUUGAGAGUGAAACCCAAAACUAUCAAAAGUUAUGAGGGUAACAUUUUGAUGCCAAAACUUACUCUGAUGUUGUAAAAGGGAAACUGCACAAGUUUGUUUAGUUUUUUUUUUGUCCACGUCUCAAAGCGUGGCUUAUCUCACUCAAGAGAUGAGUGUUGUACCUGUACUUGUAAGAUUAUGAGGAGUGUUAUUCAUUAGAUUGCUGUUUUGUAGUUCAAUGCAAAGUCAUGGCUACCAAUCACGAUGGUGCAGCAGCCAUUUUAAUUACACUAAAAUGGGUGGGCAUAGGAGUUUUAUUAUUAUGACCCAACGAGAUUUGAUGUCGAAUAAGAUGAGAAAGAAUUGAGCACGUUUUUGCAGUUAUUUGAUGUGCAGCUGUUUUUAUUUCCUGAGUUUUAUCGUAUCCAGGAGAGGAUUUUUAAAUUUUACGAUCUUGAUAGAUGUAUUAUAUGAGGACAAUGUACAUAUUAAAGUUUUGUAGAGAUCUGUG